UGCACAGAUAAACGAGUUAAGCCAUGUUCAGAUUCCCAUCAUGCUCAUGCCAGAUGACUUCAAAGCCUAUUCUAAGAUUAAAGUGGACAACCACCUCUUUAACAAAGAGAACAUGCCGAGCCAUUUCAAAUUCAAGGAGUACUGCCCCCUCGUGUUUCGAAACCUCAGGGAGAGGUUUGGUAUCGAUGAUCAGGAUUUCUCGAACUCUCUGACUCGCAGCGCUCCCUUAAACAGUGAGGCCCAGGGUCGCAGUGGGGCCCGCUUUCAUACCUCUUACGAUAAGCGCUACGUCAUCAAGACCAUCAGCAGUGAGGAUGUGGCUGAGAUGCACAACAUUUUAAAGAAAUACCAUCAGUUCAUUGUGGAGUGCCAUGGCAACACCCUACUUCCUCAGUUUCUGGGGAUGUACCGUCUCACAGUGGACGGAGACGAGACCUACAUGAUUGUCACUCGCAAUGUCUUCUCUCACCGCCUUUCUGUCUACAAAAAAUAUGAUUUAAAGGGUUCCACAGUAGCAAGAGAGGCCAGUGAUAAGGAGAAGCAGCCACCCCCACCAGAGGAUGUGCCCCAGCGGCAAAAAUCUGGUAACGUUCAGCAAAGGCUGCAAACACUGCGGAUUGCCACACGCUUUUACUGUGCCAUGAAACACGUAAGAGAUGCGAAGGAACUGCCCACCUAUAAGGACAACGAUUUCAUCAAUGAUGGGCAGAAGAUUUACAUCGACGAGGAGAACAAGAAAAUGUUCCUGGAGAAGCUUAGGAAAGACGUGGAGUUCCUGGCCCAGUUAAAGCUCAUGGAUUACAGUCUGCUUGUGGGGAUCCACGACGUUGAGCGGGCCGAACAGGAAGAGGUGGAGAGUGAGGACAACGAGGCAGAGGAGGAGGGCGAGAGCGACGGUGGGGUCAUUGGGACGCCCCCCGACAGUCCAAGCAACACCCUGGAUAGCACCAAGCCUCUGUCGCCCGGAGAGUUUGAUCCCACCAUCGACGUCUACGCCAUCAAAAGCAACGAUAGUGCUCCCAGAAAGGAGGUUUACUUCAUGGCUGUCAUUGACAUCCUGCAGCAUUACGAUGCCAAAAAGAAAGCAGCACAUGCCGCCAAAACAGUCAAACAUGGGGCCGGAGCUGAGAUCUCCACGGUGAACCCAGAGCAAUACUCCAAGAGAUUUUAUGAUUUCAUCACCACCAUCCUGUCAUAGCCCCCCCAGAGCGACAAGAGCGCCGAGGCACAUGGGGAAAGAGAGGGGAGGUGUGAUGGAGCGAGGGGCGCAGAGGCUGGAUUAAUAAGGUGUCCUGACAGCUUUGUGUCCCUCUCCCUUUGGCCAAUCGCUGUCAGCUUCUCUCUCUCUCAGCGGGGUUCCCUCCAUCUGCAGCUAAACAAAACAUUGUUUGUUUACAUGUAACCUUCUCUUGUUGAGUUCUGUUUUCAUGUGUAACUUUGGAUGAUGAGGUCGUUUUAAAGCAAGUGUCCAAGUCAUUACAUGUUUCAUACCAGGAUCUCUUGUUUCUAGUUAUUAAUGUCAGCCUGUGGCUAUUUUUUUUUCUUUUUUAAUAACUAUUGUUAUUACCCGUAACCCAACAUUCAGCACCUGCCUCUGUUUGUCCUUUUUUGAUGUGAUAUUUGUUGUUUUCCUCGUAUUGUUUCUAAAAGCCGUUCUGGACGUGAAUGUUGAGCCUUGCCUGAUGCAGUCGAUUCGUUCCAGGACGUUGGAAGCAGUCUUCCAUGAGGCCAACAACCAAACCUGCUUUAAAAAGCUGCUCGCACAUCCAGCCAAACAAAGCUGCCUCCUUCAUCGCUCAUCUUCCCCUUUUUGUUUACACGUUCUGAGCUUCUGGGCCACAGCCGUCCACAUUAGCUAAAUUGUAAAAUGCGUGUUUACUCCUCACCGUGUCCGUCUGUGAUUAUCUUUCUUUGUUUUUUUUAUCUCCUUUGUGAUGCACAGUAGUUUAAAAUGUAAAAGGGAAGACUGAAUAUCUCCAAAAAUGAGAAGAAAAGAGGGAUAUGAGAGUGCAGCUUGCUCCAGCGUCCUCUUGAAAUAGUUUGGCGUUGCCGGGGGAGAUCGCGGUUUCUGUUCCUGCUGCUAAGAAUGGCCCCGAAGUAACCAGUGACAGCUAAAAGAGUGAGUCACUGCUCUUUAAAAAAGAAAAAAAGAUUUCACAGCGAAACGGCUCCGUCAUUUAUUUAUUUUUUCCGUUGCCAACAGCACCUUAUGAGUAAAACCCAAACUGUUGCACUUUCAUUCUUGGUCAGGAUCUUUUAUUCUGUUACACACGCAGCAGAAAGAGCAACCGAGAUCAGUCAUCUCAGAACUGAAACUUAGAAGCCUGAUCUCGGAUCCGCCCCCCCACCACGGCAGGACUCGCCGUCUCUUACACGGGUGUGUUUGGAAGAACUCACGGCAAUAUUAGACAUUUUAUUCUGUAAAUUGACCUUUCUAAUCCCGUGGGAGGAGACGUACGGCGCGUUGCAAAAAGGCGGUUUUACCUCCAGCAUCUUAUCAGUGUUAAGUCAAUUGGGGAGGAAGGAGAUCAGGAGGAGUAGCUGGUUUGGUCCAACAGCAACAUUCUCUAACCUCGUUUGUGACUCUGGUGUUUAUUCAUUGUUCUUGCUAUUUUUUUUUUAUCUGUUUUUGGUGAUUAUUAAAGAAUUUUUUUGUUUGUUUUUUUGUAUAUUUUGCACAAGAGGAAAGGAACCAAAUGUUACAAAUACGACCCCAAUUAGUGGAAACGGUCUUAACAAGGGAAAUGCAAUAUACUCGUGUGUUCAGUUAGUGACUUGUAUGUGACGUUGCGUUACCAACUAAAACAUGUCGGCUCGUUCUUUCCGACUCACGCAAAAAGCUUCCAACAUAAUAUUUGUUUAAAUGUUAUAGAUUACAUUGAUGGUUUUAUUUUUACAUUGGAUUUUAAUCUCUGAACAUAGAGGAAAAAGGAGCCAGGAGUGACGGUGCUGCAGUGAUGAAGAAUGACUGUUUGAAUUUUUAUCAUUUCUAAUUGUAUGUUGAAUAAAAAAAAAAAAAAAGAUGCAUGUCACAGGACUGAGUUUCCUUUCCUCUCUUUACUCUGUCGUUCCUCUCUGCCCCUCUGCCUAAAUCGCAUUAAGUAGUCUCCUCUGUUGCUUACUCAAUAACUGUUUUUAUUGUAUACACUGUGCAAGAUGUGUGCCUUUAUACUCCAAAUUAUUUAAUUUUUAUAUUUUGUAAUCUUUUUUUUUCAAACAAGUGUAAAGGAUUAUUUUAUGAACAGUGUGUGUUACUUUGAUGUAUUAUUAUUUUUGUGUUUGCGAGCUCCCCCAUAUUCAGCACCUGGUUCAUCCACUCGUCCUCAGUCUGUGUAAUAAAACAGUUUAAUUCGUCGUUUUUUAACCAAUAACUUUGAAAAAGGGUAAAUAUUUGAAAUGAGUGUGUUUGUAACCUUUAAGUGUGAAGCUGCUUCUUUUCUGCUCAGACCGAAGGUGGCGUCUGCUCACAUUUUAAACCCCCUGCUAGUUCAACCUGCUCCUGCCUUUUAAGUUUGUUUUUUUGUGAGUGAGAUAGGAGUGCAUUGAGGAGUGUUCUUUUCUUUUUUUGUUUUAUUAUUUUAUCUCCACUUCUGCAGACCACAUUAGAUUCGAUUGUUUGUUUUUUUCUGAGUUCUCCUCCAAACAUCUGUUUGGUCUCGGGGAGUUCAUCCCCAGCAGGCGGUGGUUAUCAUAGUGAGCCAUCUCUGUAAAGGGUUCGCCUUCACAUGCAGUAGAGCACAUGUUAUAUGCAGCUUUGUUGUCUUUUGUGCAAAUGAAGAAACCAGUGCGGUGCAAGCCCCCCUCCUCCCCCCAAAAGCACCUGCAUCAGCACCAACAUGCAAGUCAACCUGCUGGCACAGCUAAAUGCACCAAAUCAGAACCCCUACCCGACCCCCUCUGAGCUUCAGAACAUUGUGUCUAGUAAAACGUGUUUGUUGUUUUUUUUGUUUUGUUUUUUUCUUUGUUGUUGUUGCUUUUCUUCUCUGUGGUAAAUGGGGUAAAAGUGUGCAGUGCUCCCAUGUGGGUGUUUGACCGUAUCCAGAGUCAUGGGGAAAGAAAUGUAAACUGGCUCAGGACCAGGCAUCAUCUGCAGAUGUGGGAUGUUUUUUUUUUUUUUUUUUUCUAAAUGUUCUUGCACCAACCCAAAACCUGCAGAGCAUGCUUCAGUCCCUGCAGCCUGUGACGCUUUCAGACCCUGGCAGUUUGCUUUGAGCGUUACUGUACGUGUGAGAGUAUGCAUGCUUGUGUUUUACAGUCUGCCGAGUGUUUCCUUUCAGUGGCAGAGAGGUCAAGUUGAAACUGUAUGUUUGUUUAAUCUUAAAUGAUUCAGUAACAAGUACACUCCAUUCCAUAAAGCAUUCGCUCCAAAUAAUUAAAGCACUUGUUCUGCCUAA